AUGCGCCUCGCCGGGUUAGCUCUGGCCCUCGCCAGCUUGGCGGCCGGCGAGCACCUCAAGAGGCUCGACACCAGCCUGACUAUCAUCACCAAUAACGACCUGCAAGGGUCGAAUAGCCCAUACGCGGACUCUGCUGUGAUCCUCACGGAUCCUGUCAGCCGUGAUGCAUCCAGGGGCGUUUGUUCAAGGCUCAAUGAGAAGCUGUGGCAGCCGGUCAAGAGCAAGAGGGUGAAGAGAGCUAGCUCUUCUCUCUAUUUUGCAGACUAUCUCAAGUAUACUGGGGCUGCCACCUCCUCAUCAAAGUUUUGGAUCUCCAACUCUGACGCCGUUGACACCAUUGGCCGUGUCACUAAAGGCCCAUCGUCGGCGCAGUACCAAGCUUUAUGCACAAACACGGCACCAUACUCGAACCAGAGUUUUCAAGACACCAACGAGAAGUGGCAUAUCAGUCUGGACGUGAACAAUCAGACACUCACAGGCUUCCGUGACCGCUUGUCGUUCCGCUUUCUGGGCAUUCGUUAUGCACCUCAGCCCCAGCGAUUCGGUUAUCCAACCCUGUUCAAGGGCUCUGGCGAGUCAGUCUCUGCGCUUGAAUAUGGUUCGCAGUGUUUCCAGUGGGGUUCGGGAUCUGAGGAUUGCUUGUUCCUGAAUAUUUGGACACCAUAUCUUCCGAACCCGAACAAAAAGACGAACAAGAAGACCCUCCGUCCCGUUGCCUUUUGGAUCCAUGGCGGUGCCUUCAUCGGCGGUACUGCAAACGAUGCUACAUUUGAUGGCGCCAAUAUGGCGUCUAGGGGCGAUAUGGUGGUUGUCGCCAUCAACUACCGUGUUUCUGCUCUUGGAUUCCUGGCUCUCAAUGACGGCGUCACCAAUGGCAACUACGGUCUGGCAGACCAGAUCACUGCACUCGAAUGGGUCAGGCAGCACAUCCAUCAUUUCGGUGGCGACCCUGACCGAAUCACCAUCUUCGGCCAAUCCGCUGGUGCCGCUUCAGUUCGGGCCUUGAUCGCCUCGCCGAAAUCCGUGGGCAAGUUCUCCAACGCGAUUAUGCUCAGCAAUCUCGGCGGCAUCCACUACGGUACGACUUACUCCCGCUACUACACCAUCGAGGAGCAAGUUGCCGUUGCUGCCAAUCAGCUUCUUGAAGCUACUGGCUGCUCGAACGCCGCUUCUCAGGUUGAGUGCCUGCGCCAAGUGCCCGCUUCUACGCUCAGCACCUUCACUGAUGUUCGCUUUCUGGUUGUCGAUGGCACAUAUCUCACCUCACGUGAACUUCCCCUUGAUAAGGGCAAGCGCUAUCCGGUCAACCUUAUGAUGGGCAUUACCCGUGACGAUGGUGCACCCUUCGUGUCCUACCCGCAAACCACUAACAGAACCGAAUAUCUCGCUUCUGUGGAUCUACCUAACGUUCCUCUCAAGCUCUUCCCCCAACCAAAUACCGGCAACGGCACUCGGGACGUCUUCUGGGGCACCUCGCGCAUCGCGACCGACGGAAUCUUCCGCUGCGCAGACCAGGCGACCGCUUUUGCGGGCCUUUCCAACAAUCGUUUCGACAAGGUCUACUACUACGAGUUCGACCGUACCUACCAGCCAGGCGGCUGGCCGGAGCUGGAUCUGUGCAAUGCACCGCGCAGCGCCAAGUUCCCGCAUGGCGACCCAUCCAAGGACUACCUCAGGUGUCACUCAGGUGAGCUGUACUAUGUGUUCGGCAACCUCCACCGACAGGGUCUGCCGAUGCGCGAUGACGGCGAUCUGCCAUUUGAGCAGUUCGUUACGGACUCGUUUGUGAGCUUUAUCCGCACGGGUGACCCGAACCCGGAUGAGGCUUAUCUGAGGGCUAAAGGCUACACUGAGACUCUGAAGCAGCUCAAGAUUAGCGGAACGUGGAAGCCAAGUGUGAAGGGCAGGUACAGUCUGCGGGUGUUUGACUACCCUAAGAGCAGGAUGGAGCCGUUUAGGGAUAUUCAGCAGUGCGAAGCGCUUGGGCUGGGGUUGGGAUAUUAUAUGUAG